AAAAAUGGAGAAAAUAUCUUUCUGGAAUGUCCUGAUAUUUGCUGUGGUUUUGGGGCCAGGAAUUGCGGGCGCAUCGCAAGAAAAUAAGGAUGCUUCAUCGGCUUUUAUUCUUCGUCAAAAGCGUGCGUCUUCUUCAUCUGGAGAUGUUCCCGAGCAUUCGUCACCGGCGCGUCGAAUGCAAUCAUCUAUUGAACAUACAGGUUACCGGGAUGCUCCCAGCAGUAGGUUGGGGUUGGAAGCACCUCCUCCAAUAAUAGGAGCCCUUCCUCUGGGUAUGGUCCGGAUCUAUCAUGGUGAAAACGAGAUUGGCGUUGGCGUUGUAGCAGCCACAUCUUACAUUGCAACGAAGGCUCACUUGUUCAGAGGCGGAUCUCCAGUGGGAAGAUCUGGUAUUGAAUACCAAAAUGGAGAGUAUCAUAUUGAAUACAUUGAUCAAACUGGACAGCACGUAAGGCGCAAUGUAAGAGCUGUAUUACGUAAUGGAAAUUACGUUAAAAACCAAGAAAGUCCUUGGGGGUAUAACGACGUUUGCCUUAUACACAUUGCACCCGGCCUAGUAAAGUCACCAGAUUUCUUUAAUCAGCUUGAGGACUCAAAACUAUUUACAGCCAAACAAAUGUAUUGGAUUCAAAGCAGAACAGGAGCAGAUUGA